UCAUAUUUUGCUGAGCUGAAGACUGAGGAGGACAUAAUGGCAAUGCUGAAGUUCCUGCAACUCUUGCUUUUGACAGCAGGAGUUGAAUCUGCUGUGGUUAAACAUCGACUGAUUGGUGGAAAACCUUGUGGCAAUAAUGAACGCCGCCAUCAAGUGUGGGUUUUUACAUCAAGGGGCUUUUGUGGAGGAACUCUGAUCGACAAGAAGUGGGUGUUGACUGCAGCACACUGCUAUAAUAAGUCAGUGAUCGGGAAUGUUUCAGUCUGGGCAGGUGUUCAUCCAAAAAAUGAUUCAGCAAUCCAAAAGUUUGUCAUUAAGUCAGGUGGCAUCCAUGUAUAUGAUGAAACCUGGGUAACAGGUGACAUCAUGCUGAUCAAACUUCCUAGAUCUGUAAGUGGAAUCACUCCUGCUCAGCUUCCUGAGUCUUCCUGUCAGACCCCUGCUGAAGGAGAGAAACUGCAGAUUGCUGGUCACGGAUCAACUAUUGACCAGAAUGACAGUGCCGACCGCACCAAGCCUCUGCAGUGUCUUGACCUGCGAGUCAGACGUUGUUUUGUGCAGAAGACCAACUAUUUUUGUGGCGAAGGACUGCGUGGCAAUCCAAAUGCCUACAUCUGUCCGGGAGACUCUGGUGGAGGCUGGCUGAAGAAACAGUUUAUUGACUGGAAAUAUGUUGAUGUCAUCUAUGGAGUUGUCCACGGUUAUUUCAUUUAUCAUAACCAAAAUUCCAUAUUUACUAGUGUGUGUACUCCUAAAAUCAGAUAUUGGAUUGCUGAAACCAUGGCCAAAUACUGAUGUGUCAGGACAUCAUGAAAAUACAGCAGCAUUAUAUACUAGGUCAAGGUAAAGGUCAACUUUAUUAUCCCCCAAGAGGGCAAUUUGUUGCACAGCCUGCAGUCAGACAUGAACAAUAAUCAACACACCACAAACAAACCAAUAUACACAGAAAAACUAAUUAUUAUUCAAAGGGCCAAUAACCACAGGGACAAAAUAAAUGUUUUUUUUUUUUCUUCUGUGGAUAUGUCCCUGUAAAUUGUGUGGUACAAUUUAAGUUUAAUAAAUACAGAUAGCAUUCCA